AUGUCAACAUCGGAAAGACCACUUGUGCUUACAAGAAGCACUACCCAUCAACAACAACGACUAUCUACGGAGCUAGCAAUUACAACAAGUUCAGGGUCAUUACCAUCAUCAACGCAUGCAACAACAGUAACAACUAAAUCUGCUUCAGUCACAUUUCAGAAACCUUUCAGCAACUUCAUUGAUAUCAUUGUCGCCGCUUUCACCGCAUUACUACUAGCAUGGCGCCUGCUUCUUCCCAAAAGCGAUGAAGUAGCGGUAGAUCUGAGUGGGAAGAAGGAUCAUCACGGUUCAUCGCUCAAAGACAUCGGUGGUAUAAGCGCUAGUGCAGUUUCCACUACGACAUCUGUUGCUGCCACUGCUAUGGAGUCAGUACCAUCAAUAGAAUCAUUAAGGGCGCUGCUGUCAACAGAUGACCAACUUGUUACUACUGGACACCAACAACCUUUCUUAACGGAAGCACAAUUCGUAACGCAGUGCUCCAGUUCGCAAGAUAUUGAAUACUUCCUGCGUUAUGGCACUAAUACUUAUAACACGGAACGCUGUCUACUCUCCAUACCAGAACUCGAUGAAGAGAACAACGAAUUGUGCGGUAGCCAAUGGAGCAGUUUAUCAUCGGUGCGUACUCCAACUGACAUACAUAAUACUAAGUUUGUUUCGGAAAUUAGUAUCCGAUCAGUAUCAUCAAAUUCCGAUCAGUCUAUUUCAUCCGAUACUGAUACUGGUCAUGCUCCUGAUUUGAUUAAUUGCAACAAGUCUUCAAAUCCAUCUUCAGUUAAUCUGAUUAAAAAUUCCGACCCUGAAGUCUUUUCAUUAAAUCAGGCCAUUUCUACUGAUUCAUCAGCACAUCCGACAGUUUUAAGUCAUCCUGCAUCCAAGUUUGUGUUAACAGUACCACAUCCUACAAUACCACCGCUUUCAUCGCUAAAGCCUUUGUUACCAUCGUUUUCAACUUCACCACUAUAUCAACCAAAAGAAAUUUGCGACAGUAAUUCUUCACUGCCAUUACCAUUGUCACCAGUAGCGGCAACGACCACAGCUGGACAUCUAACAUUUGACAUUCCAGGCUUACCGGCAAUCGAUUCCGAGGAUAGCGACAAUAACAGCCAAAUAAAUUUUGAAAUUUUACAUAAAACACCAAUAAAUACUGUAAUUAUUGCCUAUAACCUCAAUAGCAACAGUGGAAAUUACUCGAAUAAAUUGAUGAAUUUCACACAACAAAAUAAAAUGAAACGAGUUACUGAUACUAUCUCUCAAAUCAGUAGUAUUCCUAAUUCAUCACUGCUAGACCAUUCGAAUUGUCGAGAUCGUGACCAAAAUGAAAUAGUUAUUAAUGGAUUACUGGAUGCUAUCACGAACGAAGAAACGUGCUCCCUGAAUUCCACUUCCAUAUCCAUCGAUCAUUCACGUGAUUCAGUACUCGAUUUUUCAAUCUGUUCUAAUCCGAUUGAUGAAGCUGCAAUUAUGGAAGAGCAACUCGCUGCAACCGGGGAAUUGAAUGAUGAUGUCCCGUCACUCGUUGAUACAUUGUCAUCUGCUGUAUCCAAGGACAAUAGACAUUGGUUAACGAACCGGACAAUAUCUACCACUGUUACUGCAGUUGCCUCGACAACCGACAACAAUCGUCAACCGGUGUUGCCAACUUCAUCUGCUUUUGCUUCAGCCUCUUUUCAACCUUUCUUGUUUAGUGCACCACCCAUUGCCAGUCUCGAAGACUUGACUAACGGCGAACGAAAUAGCGAUAUUACAUCUACAAGAAAUAAUGCCGCAUCAGCUUCAAUAGCAAGUGUUGAUUGUAACGAAAUCAGAAAAAGUGACCUCAGAGAGGAUAGGAAAACAGGUCGAGGACGUAUUGUGCAAGGAGUCGGCAGUGGUAAAGAUGGUGACGAUGGUGACAAUGACGACGUCAGUGGCAGAAGCGAUUAUUAUCGGCAAACAUCAGCAGCAUCAACAACAAUAAAACGCUACAUCAUACGCUCAGGAAUGUCAAUUCCACCCUCAGAACCGCCACCACCACCACCGCCACGAACACCCUCGGAAUUAUCGUCGCAAAAGCAACGCAGUUCCGAUAUGUCGCGGGAUGACGAUAUUCACGCACAGCGACCCGAACAUCGAUCUCGGACAAUUCGAGAAAUACCAGUACAACGCACCACUUCAUCCAUUCCUUCUUCAACCAUAACACCGAUCGACUAUCGUUCAACGGCAACACCAUUUAGUGAUUAUCAUCAAGAAGAAUAUUAUCGGAAAGAAAUACGGACUAGAACUUUCGUGACACGUUCUUCUGAAGCUCUUUCUGCACCACCGCUAUCUCGUUCAUCACCGAUUAUCUUGGAACGUGAACGAUAUCCAUCCGUCGAUAACAAAUAUUACCCCAGGGAAGAGCGUACUGUUGAUUACAAUUACAAAUAUUUAAGAAGUUUGGAGGAAGAAGAACGUCGUAUCAAAAAAGAUCAAGAGCAACGACAGCGUGAAGAGGAAGAUCGCAGAAAGAGAGCCGAAGAGGAGCGACGGCUGUGGGAAGCAAAGGAGCGUGAAUAUUUAGAAAGAAAACGACGUGAGAGAGAAAUAAAGCAUCGAGAAUUGGAAAGCGAACGUUUGGAACGUGAACGACUGGAGAAGCAGAGACUGGAUAAAGAACGAGCAGCACGUGAAAAUGUUGAAUUACAGCGUAGAGCGGAAUGGGAACGACUUGAAAGAGCCCGAAGGGAACAUGAAGAAUAUGAGCUGCAGAGGUGGCGAGAAUUAGAAAAAAGUCGAUUGGAACAAGAAAGACUCGAGGAUGAGCGGCGUGAACGUGAACGCUUGGAUCGUGAGCGUGCAGAGCGCGAACGUGAGCGACUAGCACGUGAGCAGGCUGAAAAAGAACGCCUGGAAUGCGAACGUUUGGAACGUGAGAGAAUAGAAACUGAGAGGCUCGAAAUUGAGCGAAUUGAACGAAUCAAACGUGAACGUCAAGAACGGGAGCGGCAGGAACGAGAAAAAGAAAAAGAAGAGCAAGAACGAUUUGAGAGAGAGCGCCAAGAGCAGGAACGCAUUAUUCGUGAGAAACAGGAGCUCUUAAGAGUAGAGGAAGAACUACUGGAGAUGCAAAGACGAGAAGCGCAAAUGCGUGAAGCAGAACGAAUUGAAGAAGAGAAUCGAGAAGCUCGUCGAAGAGAAGAAGAAAGAAGAGAAGCUGAAAUCAUAGCUGAAAUGCAGCGGGAAGCAGAAGAACGAGAAAUGCAGCGGCGGCUUAGUGAACGUUUAGAAAAAGAACGCUUAGAGAAUUUGCGUCGUGAACAAGAGCGAUUAGAUAGAGAGAAGCAAGAAGCGGAAAUAAAGGAACUUCAACGUCAGGAAGAAGAGCGACAUGAGAAGGAACUGUUUGAGGCUCAAAAACUUGCAGCAGAAAGACGUGAACAGGAGAGGCGAGAGGAUGAGGAACGGGAGCGUCAAAGACAAGAAGAAGAACGAAUUGAAGCCGAGAAACGUGAACGUGAAAGGCGUGAGGCGGUGCGUCGAGAACGUGAGCGUCAAAUAGAAGAAAAGAUGGAACGAGAGAAAUUAGCAGCCAUCAGAAGUGCUGCCCAGGAAAGACAUGCAGCGCGAUUAGCUGAAAUACAUCGAGAUGAACAAAGACAGGCAUUGGAACGUGAAGCUAAUGAAUUACAAGAACGUGAACGUCAGGAAGCCGAAAGAAGAGAACGUGAACGAGUAGAAGAAGAUCGUCGCUUAAAACAAUUGCUUGAGCAGGAGAAACGUAAUUCAGAAUUGCGUGAACAAGAGCGUCAGGAAGCAUUAGAACGUGAAGCUCAACGUCGUCUUGAAGAUCGUCGAAGUCGUGAUAAGUUAGAUCAAAUAGCACGUGAAAUAGAGGAAAAAGAAAAGAUGGAAAUGGAAAAACGACAUUUGUUAAUGCAAAUAACAAGUCGUGAUCGCCGCAAGGACAUAUUAACAUCUCGAGAGACUUUAGAAAAAUUAACAAAACCACCUUAUUAUUCAAGAGAAAAUCUGGCAGCGAUUUCGUGUGGUUCUCGAGAGAACUUAAGUAGUGGCGGAAACGAAGUAACGACGAAAGUGGAGCGACAAGUAAUCGAACGUAUUGAUCGUACUGUCUGGUCCGACGAUCCUAGAUACACGCAAAAUAAUAUAUCAAAUGGUUCCGAUUCAAGUAUGUUGGCACGUGAACGUCUGUAUAGCCGACGCUCCGCCGAUGAUGAUGAUUUCAGUCGAUCAUCAAGUCGUCGUACAAGUAGAUAUCGGUCGAAACUUGAGAAAGCGAGGAAAGAAUUCCUUUCAAGUGAUGCUAAUAAUGCAUCUGAUGCAAUAAGCGAACGUUUUCGGCAAACAUCAGAUGACAUAUUACGGUCACGAUCGGAAUAUCAUGGACCGCUCUAUGAAAAACCACAGAGAAAUGAAUUUAGUUCGAAACACGUAGUAAAUCAAUUGCCGUAUAAUAGCAUUGGUCCUAGUCCGUAUGACCAGGAAUACAACCGUUUGUUUCAACGAGCAGAGCGCUACUGGAUGCCUUACAAGCAACGUCUCUCACAACCAAAUCUGUACAGCCGAACUCGCGGUUACUCAACGUCCUAUCUUGAGACAAACCUCGACACUGGAAUUGGUGACAUUGUUUCAGCUCAACGACAGGUUGAAGAAACUAAUUUGGACGAUGUCCAUCGUUCCGGUUCAGUGAUGGAUUACAACCGAUUUAGUCGACGUGAUGCACCGCAGAGCAUUGUUUCACAUGUCCGUUCGAAAAGUGCCGAUUAUUUGAUGGAUCGAAAGAUGCGUGAAGAAUCAGCACCACCGGAAAAUGAACUUCAGAAAUUCUGCGAAAAAACCCCAAAUGUUUCGGAACACGAGUUGCGAUUUAGAAAGUCUACAGAAAAAUUACACGUGCCAGAUUGGUAUCGUGAACGACAUAUAGGACGCAGUUAUGAGGGAAGAGCAGUACCGAGUGGUACUUUCUUCGGCCCUUUAUCGCCAGCAUCACAUAAUGGCUUCCGAGCAACAACAACACAGUAUGAAACAUCUGGAACUCGAUAUAUUACUCCAUUCUGCCACGAAGUGGGUGGGUGCAAUGCUCCAGCUCAGAUGGUUCCUCUCUCAGGACCGUCGACAAGCGGUGCUGCCACCGCCGUGAUACCAUAUGGCAUGUUUGACAAAUAUAAGCAUGAAAUAGAAGAAAUGCGUAGAAGUCGAACAUCGCUUAACCAAGUUGGCAGUAACAAUGAUAAACGAAAGGAGCAAGAAUGCAACUCUUUUUCUAAUGAACGGAAUUCGUUAUUCUUGGUAUCAAUGAAUAAUGAAAAACUGUCAUCAACAGGACUUACUUCUAUAAAGCAAUUACCCGGUUACACAGUAACUACUGUACCUUCCAACUGGAAUAUACCAGAUGACCGGAAUUCUCGAGUGGUGGAAGUAGCAGAUACCUUUAUUGGCUCGAACAGACCAUCCUCUCCUCAUAAUGAUUCAGACACAUAUUUACAACGUUUUUAUGGACGGGUCACAAUCGAAGAAGUGCUGGAUUCUAUCUUUCAGCGUACAAAGCCAUCAUCAACAAGGCAUAAAAUAAGUCUCUCGGAAGGUAAAAUUAAUGAAGAUGGGCAAGUGCAAAAGUCCGGAAUUUAUGUCAAAAGCAAUGAACUGAUGCAGCAGCUUGUGCGAGAUCCAUAUGAAGCUGAAGCUCUUCUUCAGAAUGAACGACUAUAUGUACGGUGUGCACAAUGCCAUCAGACGAGAGAACUGGCGGAAGCUCGAAUGCAGUACAUAUCAUGCAAGCAUUGCUACACAUAUUAUUGUAGUCGUCAGUGUCGCGAGUACGACUGGUCAAAACAUCGUGAAGUAUGUUCCUUUUCGAGGAUUAAUACUCUAUGCAAGAAAGUUAUCAUGAAGGUGCGCAAAGAUCCAGAAACUCAGUUUUACAUGUCAAAGAUAGCACGUGAUGGUUACUCAGCACUCGGUCGUGGUUCUGUUAAUUUAAGAAUAAAUUCGACUCAGACUGCACAAAAUUAUGUUAUGGAUGGUUGGUCAGCAAUAGCAAAUUUUCAACUCAACAAAUUACUCCAUUAUUAUACCAUUGCAGCAUUGAUUGCAGAACGAAAAGAGCCAUCGUUAAUUACUCUGUGUCGUCAAUAUGAUCCAACUGAUAAAUUCAUCCUCAGUGUUAGUAUCAUUGCUGAUAUUGAGCAGUGUCCCCAAACACCACCACCUGAGGCAGUGGUCAUCCGGAGUACUUUGCCACAAUCGCAAUAUGCACGACAAUCAUCUCUCUCUCCUCAACAAUCUGCUGAGCAAAAUUUUAUACAAUCUGAUGUGUUCCGUUCCGCAGUACCGACGGAAGUUUAG